AUGGCCCUUGUGCGUCAUUCGACCGACGCGGCGGCUGUGACUGUGCGCUCCGAGGCCAGCAGCGCCCACAGCCCGCAUAUCAUGCUCAUGUACAGGAACUACAGCGCGGUCGCGCGGGCCUCCCGGCCAGCCCCACACCUCGGGGUCCGGGGCCCCAGGCUCGUUGCACGCGUGGCCCAGGCUCGCCGCGAGGGCGCCACGUCGCAAGCGCGUGUCGCGACUGUCGAGCAAAAGCAGGAUGGUGGCGACCACUUUUUGGACGCCUUGCUGCGCUCCUUCCUGCUGGGCGUGGGUGCCGGCGCCCUGGUGGAGACGACCCACGUGCUUUUCAAGUUUUUUGACCUCGCGGCGUCGUCCGGCUCAGAGAUCAUGGACGUGCUGCCGUCUUCGCUGCCUGAGUUUGCACCACUUUUCGUGUGGGACCAUAUUGCCGCUGUGGGUGGCUGGGUGCUGCUCUAUGUGGUCGAGGCCAUUGCCAUCCUGUCGGUGCUCAACCGCUACCCCGAUGACAACAAGAAGGCCGACCGCACCAUCCGCCACAUGGCCACCCUCACCAAGCGCCUUGUGCCGCUCAAGCUCGGCGCCAUCAAGAAGGCACUCUACUCGGUCAGCGCGCCCUCGCGCAACCGCGCCACGGUUGCGGCCUCUGCUGCCCCUGUCGCUCAGCGCGCCGCCGAGGCCGGCGGCGCGCCCCUGGCAUUCCGCGAUGGCGGCGCAGACACCCUCGAGCGCAUUCGCGAGGAGCUGGAGGCCGAGGCCGCGCGCGGUCCCCGCAUCCCCAGCGGCCCCGGCGGCCCUGACGACGAGGACAAGCCCGCGACCAAGGCCAAGGCGCAACCCACCCCGCGCAGCCCCGCCGCACUGGCAGAGCGCCGGCGCGCCGCGGGGCUCAAGCCCGGGCAGCUGGACCCCGCUGUCCUCGCCCCUGGCGGCCUCAGCCGCCGCGAGAAGGAGCUGAUUGACCGCAAGUCAUACCUGAAGAACUUCUGGUACGCCGCCGCCAUCUCUUCUGACCUCGGCGAUGACACGCCCCUGGGUGUGGACAUCCUGGGGGGGCGCAUCACACUGUUCAGGGACCAGGAGACUGGCGAGGUCCUGUGCGUGGAUGACUGGUGCCCCCACCGCGGUGCGCCCCUGUCCGGCGGCAAGGUCAAGCAGGACCCCUCCACUGGUCACACCUGCGUGGUGUGCCCCUACCACGGCUGGGCCUUUGACGCCGAGGGCCGCCUGCGCGAUGUGCCCAGCGCUGAGCCCGGCCGCUGGCCCAAGCGCCCGCUGCUGAGCUCAUACCCCGUGGUGGAGCAGGGCGGCUUUGUGUGGCUUUUCUUCGGCGACCUGCCAGAAGACCUGCGGCCCCCGAUCCCCGGCUCCUUUGUCCCCGAGCUCAACGACCCCAAGUGGCACGCGGUGUACGGAGAGAUUGAAUUCGACUGCGGCCACUGGGGUGUGUUUGAGAACGCCAUCGACAUGGCCCACAUCCACUACCUGCACAGCGACAGCUUUGGCAACUCGUCACAGCCGCGCAUCCACGGCAUGACUGCCACACGGCCCUCGCCGUACAAUGUCGAAUCGCAGUUCAGGAUCCACAACAAGCCGAUGAACAAGCUCUGGGAGUGGACCAACACUGGCGACAGCGUGCCGGUGACGGCCAAGGCCAUGCUGCCCUCCACCAGUGCCGUCACCAUCGACCUGGCCCACGGCGUCAGCAUGAUCACUUUCGUCAACACUGUGCCCAUCAGCGAGAACAAGUCCAUCAACCGCUUCGCGCUCAUCCGCAACUUCAUGGGAUGGGAGGGCUUCGAUGACUACGCCAGGAACCAGAUGUUCAAGAUCCUGGGGGAGGACAAGGUGAUGGUGGAGAAGCUGCACCCGGAGGCCCUGGAGCACGAGUACAGCCUCAGCCCUGACGGGCCCCAGGUGGCCUUCAGGAAGCUGCGCGACGAGUGGAUGCGCCUUGGGUACGGCUCUCGCCACGGCAUCGCUAGGGUGCCAGGCGGCACAGCCCAGAACCCUGCGCGCGAUAUGUGA